GUCAUUCGAAAAAGGAAAAUCCUCCGCGACAGAAGGUAAAAUUUGCGCAGUUCAUUGAAUAAAUCGUAUUCGUACGGCGCAAUGUCCAAUAUUGCCUUCUCUCGAACAUGGCGAAAGUAGUCGGUUUACGUGUUGUGAUAAGUGCUAUCUUGUGACUUACUAUGUUCGAAAAUGGAUAGUAACAUUAAUGGAAAAUUGAUUAAAUUGUGAUCACUGUGUAAAUAUAAGGUUAAACGUUUGUUAUUUUAACAGAAAACAGGCGAAAUGUCCACAGACAAGAUUAAAGUCGCCGUAAGGCUCCGUCCUUUUAACCGCAGGGAACUGGAACUGGGAACACAAUCUGUGGUAGAAAUGGAAAAGGAACAAACGGUCCUUCACCAGCCUUCAACUCUGGAUAAAGUUGAAAGAAAACCGGCCAAAACGUUUGCGUUCGAUCAUUGCUUUUGUUCGGUGGACCCGAGCGACGAAAAUUUCGCCUCGCAGGAGGUGGUUUUCGACUCCCUCGGCAGGGACAUCCUCGAAAAUGCUUUCCAGGGGUACAAUGCUUGCAUUUUCGCUUAUGGACAAACAGGUUCAGGAAAGUCCUAUACAAUGAUGGGUUCACAAGAAAGCAAAGGCAUCAUUCCAAGAUUAUGCGACACCUUAUUCGGCCUAAUAGCAGAACGCCAAAACUCGGAACUAAGCUACAAAGUCGAAGUCAGCUACAUGGAAAUUUAUAACGAAAGGGUGCAUGAUUUAUUGGACCCUCAAACGAAUAAACAGUCUUUGAAGGUGCGGGAGCACAACGUAUUGGGACCUUAUGUUGAUGGCCUGUCGCAAUUGGCUGUGACUGAAUUUCAGGACAUUGACAACUUAAUGGCUGAGGGAAACAAAUCAAGGACAGUGGCAGCCACGAACAUGAACAGCGAAUCCUCGCGAUCUCAUGCAGUAUUUACGGUGAUUUUGACGCAAACACUAACAGACACGAAAAGUGGAGUAACCGGAGAAAAAGUCAGUCGCAUGUCCUUGGUCGACUUGGCUGGUUCCGAACGAGCUGUGAAAACUGGGGCUGUGGGGGACCGACUGAAAGAAGGUUCCAACAUAAACAAAUCCCUCACCACCCUGGGUCUAGUCAUAUCCAAAUUGGCCGAUCAGUCUUCGGGGAAAUUAAAGGAUAAAUUCGUGCCGUACCGAGACUCUGUAUUAACUUGGCUGUUGAAGGACAAUUUGGGAGGUAACAGUAAAACUGUGAUGGUCGCUACGAUCUCACCUGCUGCGGACAAUUACGAGGAAACUUUGUCGACUCUACGGUAUGCUGAUAGGGCUAAGAGGAUUGUCAAUUACGCUGUCGUUAAUGAAGAUCCUAAUGCUAGGAUAAUUAGAGAGUUAAGGGCUGAAGUGGAGACCUUGAAGGAAAUGCUGAAAUAUGCCACGGGCUCACCGGUUGGAGAUACUCAACGCGUAGACAUCCAUCAAAAACUAAGCGAAAGCGAAAAACUUUAUAAAGAAGUAUCCCAAACCUGGGAAGAGAAGCUAAUGAAAACUGAACGAAUACAAAACGAGCGUCAACAAGCCUUGGAAAAAAUGGGUAUCAGUAUCCAGGAUUCCGGCAUUAAAGUGGAAAAAAACAAAUACUACUUGGUGAACCUGAAUGCAGAUCCGUCUUUAAACGAGCUUUUGGUUUAUUAUCUGAAAGAACGUACUGUAGUGGGUCAAAAAAUUAUUGGUUCGGAUUUCGAACCUGAUAUCCAGUUGUCCGGAUUGGGUAUCCAGCCUGAGCACUGUAGGAUUACUAUUGAGGAGAACGGAUUGUUCCUAGAGCCACUUGCCAAUGCGAGAUCUUGUGUCAAUGGAUCUCAAAUUAGUCAGAAAACUCCUUUGAGACAUGGAGACAGAAUUGUAUGGGGCAACCAUCAUUAUUUUAGAGUUAAUUGUCCAAAAUCUAUUUCCGCUACUUCCGAGCCUCAAACUCCAGCACAAAAUUUCGAUUACAAUUUUGCACGUGACGAGCUUAUGACCAAUGAGCUUAGCAACGAUCCUAUUCAAGCUGCUAUUGCUCGAUUAGAAAAGCAACACGAAGAAGACAAACAAGUGGCCCUAGAAAAACAAAGGAUGGAAUACGAAAGACAAUUUCAGCAGCUACGAAACAUGGUGUCUCCAUCCACUCCAUAUUCCCCUUACUCCUACGACCCUUUAAGGAUAGGAUUAAGCAAAACCACCCCUUGCACCCCAACAACACAAAUGCGAGUUGAAAAGUGGGCUCAGGAAAGGGACGAGAUGUUUAGAAGAAGUAUUGGCCAAUUGAAAGAGGACAUCUUGAGAGCGAAUUCAUUGGUGCAAGAAGCCAAUUUUUUGUCCGAUGAAAUGGAAAGGCAGACCAAGUUUAGUGUUACUUUGCAAAUUCCACCUGCAAAUCUCAGCCCCAAUAGGAGGAAAGGAGCGUUUGUGAGUGAACCAGCGAUUUUAGUAAAACGUGGCAUUACCAGCCAAGUUUGGUCUAUGGAAAAGUUGGAAAAUAAAAUUAUUGAUAUGAGGGAGUUGUAUGAAGACCAUCAAACUAGAGGGGAUACAAUAAAUGAAUCUGACAUACUUGUAAAUGAUCCCUUUUAUGAAUCACAAGAAAAUCACAACUUAAUAGGGGUAGCUAACAUAUUCUUAGAGGCACUGUUUCACGAUGUGACUUUGGAUUAUCAUACGCCCAUUAUUAGUCAACAAGGUGAAGUUGCAGGAAGACUUCAGGUUGAACUAAGUCGUACAGCAGGCACCCUCCCUCAAGACAGAAUCUGUGAGGCAGCAUCUGACAACUCCUCUGAAUGUAGCCACGAAGAUGAAGAUCAAGGAAGUUCCACGGUGACUUGUCGAGUUCACAUAAAACAAGCCACUGGCCUUCCACCAUCGUUAUCACACUUCGUGUUUUGUCAUUACACUUUUUGGAACCACGAUUCGAUCGUGGUACCAGAUAAGAAUAGUGUCGAUAACCAGAAGCAUUCUACAGCAGCUAAGUUUGACGACGCUAGAGACUUCACUGUCACGCUCUCUGAGGAGUUUAUUGAACAUUGUGCAGAGGGUGCGUUAUCAAUCGAGGUCUGGGGUAAUAGAAGCGCUGGAUUUUCCAAAUACAAACCUGGCUGGGAGGUGGAGCAACGUCAGCUCGCCACAGCAAGAUCCUUAUUAGACAGAUGGUCAGAGCUUACUAGAAAAAUCGAGCUUUGGGUCGAAAUCCAGGAGCUAAACGAUCUAGGAGAAUAUGCUGGAGUAGAAGUUCUUAUGAAAAACGACAUGCUUACCGGGGGAGUUUACCAGUUAAGGCAAGGCCAGCAGCGUAGAAUCCAAGUGAGGGUGAAACCAGUCCAGAAUUCCGGCACCUUACCGAUAAUUUGCCAGCAAAUUAUCAAGAUUGAAGUUGGAGGGGUUAUGGUCAGAAAUCGUUUGCAGAAACCUCUGGAUUCUUAUCAGGAAGAAGACUUAAUUGUCCUAAGGAAAAAGUGGAGCGAUGCUCUUCAGAAGCGUAAGCAGUACCUCCACGCACAAUUGCAGAAUUUAUCAGAAAAAAUCGACAAAACUGAGGAGGACGUUGAAAGGGAAAAGAGCCUGAUGGAGCAGCUGGUUAAUUUGACAGAAGAAACAAAUGCGGUUGAGGUACCUCAGCCUGGCACCGGCAUCCCUGGUGCGCCUGCGAUGUGGAGCCCACCACCUGGGAUGGAACCGCAUAUUCCUGUUUUGUUUCUAAAUUUAAAUGCUGACGACCUCACCACCCAUCCUUCUGGUGAGGAGGUCACGGAGACAGGCGUCAACUCCAUACUACCCAAAGAAAAUGGCAGACAAUUCUGCGAGUUGAAAAUAUUACAACAUCUUGAAAAAGAUGUGUGCGCAGUCGCCAGCUGGGAUUCUUCCAUUCACGACAGUCAAUAUUUGAAUAAAGUCACAGAAGCUAACGAGCGGGUCUACAUGAUCCUGCGAAUUACCGUCAGAUUAUCUCACCCAGCGCCAAUGGACUUAGUUCUAAGGAAACGUUUGUCAUUAAAUAUUUACAAAAGGCAAAGCCUCACCGAAAGAAUCAAGAAGAAGAUUGUGCGAAGUGAUCUUAUUACUAAUUGUGGUGUUACUUACUUGGUUGUGUCUAAUGUACCUAAGGCUAGUGAGGAGCUGGAGGACAGAGAGAGCCUGGCGCAGCUGGCCGCGUCUGGGGAAAAUAAUACAUCUUUGUGUGAUGGUGAAACUUAUAUUGAAAAAUAUACAAGAGGAGUGAGUGCAGUGGAAAGUAUUUUGGCCUUGGACCGGCUACGUCAAAGCGUAGCUGUAAAAGAACUGUUACAAGCCAAAGGACAACCAGUUAUGAGGAAAACCGUUAGUGUUCCUAACUUCUCUCAGGUAUGGCGAUCCCGUAUUAUAAAGCUGAUGAGAUUCGAUACGUUGAGCACCGAAUCGUUGCACAUGUCCAGAUCAGAAAGCGUUUCUGAGCUGAAUAGUGAGUUACAUGGACGAACUCCUCUGAGGCCCAGAUCUAGUCUAGGAAAAGACACGGAAGUAACUCCACCAAAAACCUACGGCGGUCUGGGCUCCAUUCUAUCAGCCCGCCCCACAUUCCUUAAUCUGAACUUAAAUUUGAAUUCCCUAAGAAUGCAACAGCCAACGACCAGUACCAAAAUGUUUCCUGGCAUGACGUCACCUGCCAAUGCCAAACUAGGCUUAAGAAUGACUACCUUGCAUGAGGAACCCUUAAAAUCACUACCUCGGAAACAUUCCUUUGAUUUUCUUACUGAUGAACCUAUUGAGGAGGAAGAUGGUUUGGAUGAGAAAACGAAUAAUCAGUACAACCAUCGAGGUGGUAAAAGUACCAAAAGAGCCCUAUUACCAACAUCUCGCACCUUGGAUUCUCUUACCGAGUUAGUCCCAAAAACCAGUACACCAUCCGCUAGCUCAAGCGGUUACGGCUCACAAGCAGUUUCAAUCACAAAUCUUUCCAGUGAUGAUUCUAUGUCCCUGAAGAGUAUUAGCGUGGACGAAACACCCGAUUUAGAAUGUAAACUUUUACACACAGAUUUGCAGCCUGUUAAUGAAAUCGAGUCCGGUACAGAUAGACUUGCAGUUCCUGAGAAUGAUAGUGAAGAUACUGCGACAAACGAGGAAAGCUCUGAAGAUAUGGUGCAAAGUUCUAACAGUGACUCCAAUCCACCAGUUGAAACAGAGAGUAUAAUCAAAACUAACUUAUCUCCAGGAAGAGUGGUGAGAAGGAAAAAACAUUCGGCAAAGAAUUCCAGCGCAAGGGCGUCGUUUCCACAAGCUCGUGGUAAUUCGAAAAGUCAUUAUGCUGAGAAGUUAAAUAUAAUGAGUUUGAGUAUAUCAUCCUCCAAUGAAGAUGACGUUAUGAAUAGUUCGACUGACAGAUUAGAAGAAGAUCGUCAUAGCAACUUUGGUUCAAGACCAGACCUCACAAAAAUGGACGUUCCUGUUCCCGAUUGGGUAGUUCUAGGAGAAAGUAUUCUUAUUAGACCGUAUAACUCUUCCGGGGUUAUUGCAUUUAUUGGCGAAACCGAGUUUGCCAAUGGGACGUGGAUAGGUGUUGAACUUGAUGCGCCAAAAGGUAAAAACGACGGUAGUGUCGCUGGGGUGCGUUAUUUUACCUGCAAACCUAAACACGGGAUGUUUGUGAGGGCAGAUAAACUUAUUUUGGACCGAAGAGGACGAGCUAUGAGGCUUGAUAAAGCUGCUGCGGCUGCCGCCAAUAAUAAAUGCAUGCUAAAUAAAGAUGGUUCGUUGCAUCGUUCAAAAUCCAGAAACAGCGGGAUAAACAACGUGGGAACCCGAGUGAGCUCAAAGGCAAAAUAGGGCGCGAAGGUCCGAACGCGCUCUAGAGUAGCGAUUAUCCAUAUUUAACCAUCCACUAGUUCCACCCUUAUAGUUGCCGUUAUUGACGCGGCACAUUCGUAAUUUAAUGUGUGCCGUCCGUGAUAUGGCAUAGUGUAAUCGUCCUUGCCAUUUCAUUGCACUUAAACGUUUUUGGUAGCACUUCGCACUGAUUAUUGGUUAUCGUUCUGCUAAAGGGGUAGAAGCAAUAAGAUGUACGGUCUGCGCAAAAAAAAAACAUUUUAUAAACCAAUGAAACGGUGAUAUUUAGUUAAAUCUUUAGCAUUUGAAUCAUUAAACGAAUUCAAAGAAAAAAAAACGUGAAUUUAUUUGGCGACCACAAGAAAGAAAUUUACCAGAUCAAAAAUCUAUUAAAAAACUGUUUUAAUAUUAAACCUCAUAACUAAUAUUAUUGCCAUUGGAGAAGUCUGCUAUUAAAUUUGGCUUUAUAAAUAUGCUUUUUUAACUAAAUAUUUCUAUUUCUUUGGUCUGAAUAUGGGCCAUACAAAAAAGUUCUGUUUCUGCUGCUGUGAUGCAAUAUAAGUGUAAUAAAGAAAUUUCUUUCAUUGUAAAAAUAGCGUUCUUGCCUCUAAAUUGUAUAUUUCAGAAUUGUAAAUAUUAGCGAAUAAUUUUAUUCACGAAGUCUACCCCGAGCAUUGGCAGGAUUUUAAAUCACUCAACGAGCUUCGCAAUAAUGAUUUGUGUUGUAUUAGUCCGGCCUCUUUAAUUUGCUAAAACGGCCGGACAAUAUAUGUUUAUCCACAUAUCUACCUCUGCUUAAGAAACACAAAAGUGAAAUUUAGUAAGUGUCGAUAUAAACAGUUUUGUCAGCUCUGUGGUAUGGUUUUGUUAGUAUAGGUCGCAAGACAAACACUAUUAAAGCAAUUUGACCAAUUUGUGUUUGUUUCUUCACUAGUUUUCUUAUUUUAAGCAUUUAUUUCUGUGAUAUCAUUGUUAGUUUACACAGAAGCACUCACAAAAUCCUUUUCUUUUUUUUUGUCAUUUUGUUUUAGCCAGUUUUUUUUACCGCUGCUGUGUGCUAUAAAAUCUUAUAGAUUAUACUUGUGGGUUUAUAAAGUUAGAAGAGUAUUUAAAAAAAUUAUUAUUGUGUGUCUAGACUCUAGAGUAAAUUCAAUAGUUCUAUAUUUUUGCUGACAUUUUUGUGCUAAAUAAUUGUUAGAUCAAUAUUUAAUCCAGCUUAAGUGACGAGAUUAGUGAUAUUUACAGUUCUUAUAGUAAAUAGUAAUAGUGUGAUGGGAUCUAACAUGGCAGAUUAUGCAAUCCACUUUUUGCCCUACAGAAAGUUUUAAAUUAACGCUUAACGUUUUUUAUUACCAUCAGUCAUUUCUUUAUCAAAGCAUUAAAUGCAAAGUUUUUGGCACUCUAAGCAACUUUGGUCUAAUAUACUUGGUCACAGCUGUAUUUCUGUUAAAGUUCAAUAUAUAUAAGCGGUAGUAGAAGUUAUGCCAUUCUACUAUGACCAAAAACCUUUUAACAUAAUUCUUGCUUUACUGUUUGUUAUAAAAUUAAUAAAAUUUCUCUGUA